AUGGAGAUGGAAGGUGAUAUUCGCACUUGCACUGAUCACUCACAUUCCAACCUGUCACUGCCUCGACCGGGAGGAUAUCAGACCACAGAAAAGCGCAGGUUAUUACUGAUUUAUAUCCAUGGCUUCAUGGGAUCAGAAGCUAGCUUUCAUGAACUUCCGUUACAUGUUCAUGAUCUAUUAACGGGCUCGCUGGCCGAGUCACACGUGGUGUACACCCGCAUGUAUCCCAGAUACAAGUCUCAAGGCGAGAUACAAACAGCAGUGGACCAAUUCAGCGCUUGGCUAUCACCACAUGAGGCAGAUGACCUGGAUGUCAUCUUGCUAGGACAUAGUCUCGGUGGAAUCCUAGCUGCAGACGUUGCUCGCUUACAACAAGGUGGGCAAUCAAAGCAUCGAAUUUUGGGCAUAGUGGGAUUUGAUGUCCCAUUUCUGGGCAUCCAUCCCCGCGUAAUACCAACAGGAACCAUGGGCUCAAUGCCCAGGAAAGACCCAGCAGCUGAAGAGAAGCUCGCGGGAGAACAAGAAUCCAUGGGCUUGGAGCCCGCCUUCAAAGCCACCCGUCCCAAUCCUAACUUCGACCCACCAUUUAUGAACGACGUGCGUCUGGUUGAUCGUGGCUUUCUCAAGGGUAUUAUGCAUUUUGUCAAUAAGAACACCGACAAUCUCUCACGAUCAAUCUUCGAUCGCAUCGUAUCACCCUUGAAAUUUGCUGGUUGUGUCAAUAAUUACUCGGAACUUCGUCAGCGGUACCGUCACUUGAUGGAGAUGGAAGCUGCUGAGUCCAGUCCCUGGAGGGUACGAUUUGUCAAUUUCUAUACUGCAAGCACCGGUCGCAAACCACAGAAAUCCAAGACGAAAGCCGAAAAGAAAGCCGAAAAGAAAGCCGAAAAGUCUGCAAAGAGCGCCGAAAAGUCCGCAACUAAGAUUGAAAUUGACGUGGAUAAAUAUGCAACGAAAGUCCAUUCCGAGGAACACUCAGAGAAGCCAAAUGAUUCCGAGGAACCCGAAGUAACAACCUCCAUGAGCGACAUGGCAAUAGAAAGAAAGCCCUUGAAGCCCGCCACUUCUAAUUCUUCGCUGGCAACCGAAAAGGUCAACAAUGACAAGGAUGCUCCGCUGGCGGAACAUACAAGUGCCGCAUCGUCUAUCUCAGCCUCAAUCGACCAAAUAGAGAGCCCGUCCCUCUCAGGGAGCGUUUCUCUCUCAACGGAGAGUGGCUCCAUCGCAGCCAUGGAGUCCUCAGACCCUUCUAAUCAGCACCUUCGCAAGUUCAUCCUCUUACCGUCACAUCAUUGGAAGUACAACGAUAACUCCCAUUGGGAGCCGAUAUUAAUGGAGGACAUGGACGAAGUCAUGGCACAUCAGUCUAUGUUCAUCCCGCACGGUGCAAACUACGACCACCUUGUUGGAGAUAGCGUUGGGCUAAUUGAACAAUGGAUUGAGAAUGAUCUUAGUCGACGAUUUCUCCAAGAAUAUCUUGACUAA